AAAUGGUAAUUAAAGCCGAGGCCUCCGUAAUUAUAUAUAUGAAUAAAUUGGCAUCUGUCAGGGGCUACUGCAGCAGCGCCCAGUGGGGGAGUGGAGUGCAGCUCACUCGUUUUCAACGGUUGGUAAACAAAGCGCAAAACUGAGCAACCGAGUGACAGCUCCACACAAAAGCAACUCCAGCAAGCAAGCCAGCACAGGCCCCUCCCUCCCUCACGGCCUCACCCUCUCCCCCCUCUCUCUCAUCGCGUGGUGUGUACAGUGUCCUGCCGCUGCUGUCCCGGAGGGGAGCUCACAGCUACUGUUAGAGGGCAGCUCAAGCACCAAGGAGUCCAGCGCCCAGGCUCCAUAGUCUCCGUACCCACAGCACCGCCUGCUCGUUCAAGAAUCUUCCAGCUUUCCCCAAACAGCGCCAACCUUUGGCUAUUGGCCUCUGCUUCCUGAUCUGUGGUGGGCUCCCGGUGUCUCAAUCUCGGUCCAAGAUCAGUGCCAAUCUAUCUCAAGCACCCUUUUCCCCUUCGGUGCUAGCAAAAAAAAUUUCCCAUCUUUUGACCGCUGGAGCUUGGGGAAAUGGGUUUUGCAGCAGCAUGUUUCUUGAAGGGCAUGCUAGCUUGAUGCAAGAUUUCUAGAUUGUUUUGGCUGCUCUAACCAGUGAGAAAUUUUGUUUCAAAAAGGAAGCAACAAGACAAACUGAAUAGGCCGCAUCUAGAUAUCUUCAUUCACAGCUUGUAGCUUCAGCUGUUGCCUGGUACACACAUCUGGAGCCUCUGCUGAAUUGAAUCAAUGGGUAGGGGGAGGGGCAGAGGGAGGAAGCAGCUCACCAAUGGCAGGAUCCAUGAGGACAAGGGGAGCAGCGGUGAGGAGGUCGUCGUGCCUGCAAGGAAGAGGAGGGGGCGGCCCCAAAAGCGCGUCGCCGCCGAGAAGAUCAUUGAAGCGGAGGUGAAGAAACUGGAGGAGGCUGAUGACGGCGAUGAGGACUAUGUGGUGGGAGCAGGGGAUGGUGCCAAACUAAAGGGUUCCGCAGGGGUUGGUACCAACAAGAGGAACAGGGUGCCCAAGGAAGAAGAAGAAGAGGGUUCAAAUCUUGACAUGGAGGAGAACAGCUCCAGUACUCGGUCCAGCAAUGAUGAGUCGACCAGGUCCAAUGGGUUCCGGCAAUCUGGUAGCCGCCGGAAGAGCACGCCACGGCGGGCGGCGGAGGCGGGGUUAUAGUUGAAUUUGAAUGGAAUUGAUUCUUGACUAUCAAUUAGGCAGCUGCUCUUCAAUUUUGCCACCUUCAUAUUUUUAGUAGUAAUCUUCAAAUUUUUGUCAUCUUGGUAUUUGCUAGGUCCUGCAUGAGUGUAAACAUAUAAUGAUUGCAAGUCAUCAGAAGUUUUGCUGAUGUUGAAGAAAAUGUAUGAACUACUGGAGUUCCACAUCUAGUUGCUAUAUGCUACUGUAUUAUC